AUGACCGACGAGGAUAUAGAGGACAGUAAGAUAGCCUUAUAUCCGGACCAUUCGGAUAGCUUUAUUCAACAAUUCAUUUAUCAAUCACUGUUUGAGUCGUAUCACAAAUUCCUGGCCACAUAUAUUACGUCUAUUGGCUUAAAUCCUGCGACUGUUUCACUACCAAUCGCUACACAGGAACCCAUUUACGGCACUAUUGAGUACUCAUUAAUUAAUUCGAUAGCUCCGGGAGCUAUAGUGGCCAUUAUAUACUCCACACCAUUACUGUUGGCAUCGUUUUUGAUUGUAUUGGAGAAGAAAGACGGUCUAUUAGAGCGCAGUUUUGUGUCGGGUGUCCGCAGUUUUGAAGUGCUUAUAUCACACAUGUUUAUCCUAAUACUGGCCCUAUUAGUACAGGUGGGUCUUCUCAUGUUUGUCGCAUUCAUCGUAUUUGAUGUUAAGCUAAUGGGCAACGCGUCCGAAGUGUUUUGGCUUAUGUUUCUUCAGGGAUCCAAUGUUAAUGGCAUUUGGGUUAGUGUUCCCGAUGUGGAUGAUAUGCGGCGUGUUUUGGCCAUUGGAUUCAGUACCUGGAUUAAUGCGGACCAUAUUCUACAUGGCACCUUUAUCUCUGCCCAUUGAGUCCAUACGAUAUAUAAUAACUCGGGGCUGGACUAUACAUUACUUUGAUGUACAAAUUGGAUAUGCAGUCAGUGGUGUUUAUAAUAUUGUUCUAUUUAUCGCAAC